GCCCUCCGCCUUCCGGGCCGCGGGGAGGGCCGGCCUUUCCCACAAUGCUUUGUGGGACGUUGACAAGUGGAUCCAAGAUGGCGUAGAAAGUAAUGACAGGAUUUCUGUCCCUGAGUCAUGGCAGACAGAAGACCAGAGAAGGCAUGUGAACAAGCAUGUGAAUCCCUUAAGCAGCAGGAUUAUGAAGUGGCAGUGAAGCAUUGCACAGAGGCUCUCCUUUCCCUCAGCCAGUACCCCCCAGCUCACCUCCCGGAGCCCUGCCAGGCAGAACUCGACCGCAUCAAAAUCGAGACUCUUCUGUAUAGAAUUGCUUCCUUUUUACAACUUAAAAAGUAUGGGCAAGCAGAUGAAGACUGUAGGCAUGUUCUGGGAGAGGGGCUGGCCAAGGGCGAUGGAUCUCUCCGGGCAGUGCUCUGCUGCAUGCAUCUCAAAGGGAAGCUGCAAAUUGUGUCUAAUGUUCUUUCCAAAUCACUGAUGGGGGAAUCACUGAACGGGAUGGUAACUAAAGAUCUCACACGACUGAAAACACUUCUUGCUGAAACAGAGGCAGCUGGUAAAGUACCAUCAGGAUAUCAUGUAGAAGAUUUAGAAGAAGGGUCACGGGAUGGUUGGCACUUCCGCCCCCCUCCCAGGGGCGUCACGAGCAGUGAGGAAUACACCCUCUGUAAAAGGUUUUUGGAAGGGUCAAUGUGCAGGUACUUAAUGUCCAAAUGUCCUUCUGGCUUUACAAGUAAAAUUUUGAUAAAUUUAUUAUUUCUAUACGCUUCCCGCUUGAUCCGAUUGAAACAGCAGAAGGAAAACAAACAGUGCUCAGGCAGUUACAUGGAAACCCUGAUAGAGAAAUGGAUGAAUUCAUUAUCUCCUGAGAAAGUGCUUAGUGAAUGUGUAGAAGGAGUGAGAGUAGAACAUAAUCCUGAGCUCUCGGUAACUGUCACCACCAAAAAGUCUCACCAGACAUGGACAUUUGCUCUCACAUGUAAGCCUGCAAGAAUGCUGUAUCGAGUGGCAUUGCUUUAUGAUGCCCAUCGACCACACUUUAGUAUCGUUGCAAUAUCUGCUGGAGACAGCACUACCCAGGUAUCACAAGAAGUUCCAGAGAACUGUCAGGAAUGGAUAGGAGGAAAGAUGGUCCAGAAUGGAAUAGAUCACUAUAUAUACAAAGUCAGUAUAGCCUUCAACACAGAAAUCUUUGGGACUUUUCGUCAAACUGUGGUGUUUGACUUUGGAUUAGAACCAGUCCUCAUGCAACGAGUGAUGAUUGAUGCUGCUUCAACUGAAGACCUUGAAUACCUGAUGCACGCGCGGCAACAGCUCCUGACCACAGCCAAGCGCUGGGAUUCCACGUCCAAGACUAUUGUCGAGUUUGAGCCUAACGAAACUACUGAAUUGGAGAAGAGCCUUCUCACCAGAUACCAAAUCCCUCUGUCUGCUGACCAGCUAUUCACACAAUCUGUCCUGGACAAAUCAUUGACCAAGACCAACUAUCAGUCACGGCUCCACGACCUCCUUUAUAUUGAGGAAAUAGCACAGUAUAAGGAAGUCAGCAAGUUCAACAUAAAAGUGCAAUUGCAGAUUGUAGCAAGCUUCAUGCUCACUGGUGUUUCUGGAGGUGCAAAAUAUGCCCAAAAUGGACAACUUUUUGGCCGCUUUAAGCUCACUGAGACGCUUUCUGAAGACACUUUGGCUGGACGGCUGGUGAUGACCAAAGUCAAUGCUGUUUAUUUAUUGCCUGUCACUAAAGAAAAGUCAGCACAGACCCAAGGAACCAAAGAGAAGGUUUAUGAAGCAGCUAUUGAGGAGAAGACAAAGGAUUAUAUCUUCUUGAGGGUAUCCAGGGAGUGCUGCGAGGAGCUGAAUCUUCGGGCAGAUUGUGAAAUGCAGGUUGAACUUCAGUUCCAGUUGAACCGCUUACCCCUCUGUGAAAUGCAUUAUGCCUUGGACAGGAUUAAGGACAACAGCAUUUUGUUUCCAGAUGUCAGCAUGACUCCCACCAUACCCUGGAGUCCCAACAGACAAUGGGAUGAGCAGUUGGACCCUCGGCUGAACGCGAAGCAGAAAGAGGCUGUUCUGGCUAUCACCACCCCACUCUCCAUACAACUGCCUCCUGUUCUUAUCAUCGGUCCCUAUGGGACAGGAAAAACCUUCACUCUGGCUCAGGCAGUCAAGCACAUCCUCCAGCAGCAGGACACCAGCAGGAUUCUCAUUUGCACCCAUUCUAAUAGUGCUGCUGAUCUCUACAUAAAGGAUUAUUUACAUCCAUAUGUAGAAGCAGGCAAUCCCCAGGCAAGACCUCUCAGGGUAUAUUUCCGAAAUCGCUGGGUAAAGACUGUUCACCCAGUUGUGCAUCAGUACUGUUUGAUAUCAAGCACACAUUCCACCUUUCAGAUGCCACAAAAAGAGGACAUCCUUAAGCAACGAGUGGUAGUUGUUACUUUAAAUACAUCACAGUAUCUAUGUCAGCUGGAUCUUGAACCAGGGUUUUUUACACACAUUCUGUUAGAUGAAGCUGCUCAAGCUAUGGAGUGUGAAACAAUUAUGCCUCUAGCAUUAGCUAAUAAAAACACAAGAAUUGUCUUGGCUGGAGACCAUAUGCAGCUCAGUCCUUUUGUCUACAGUGAAUUUGCCAGGGAGAGAAACCUUCAUGUUUCCUUGCUCGACCGGCUCUACGAGCACUACCCUGCAGAAUUCCCGUGCAGGAUCCUGCUGUGUGAGAACUAUCGCUCCCAUGAAGCAAUCAUCAAUUACACAUCCGAACUUUUCUAUGAAGGCAAAUUGAUGGCAAGUGGAAAGCAGCCAGCACACAAAGAUUUCUACCCUUUGACUUUCUUCACAGCACGUGGAGAAGAUGUGCAAGAAAAAAAUAGUACAGCUUUUUACAAUAAUGCAGAGGUGUUUGAAGUGGUGGAGCGUGUGGAGGAGCUGAGGAGGAAGUGGCCCGUGGCCUGGGGCAAGCUGGACGAUGGCAGCAUCGGGGUGGUGACCCCAUACGCUGACCAGGUGUUCCGCAUCCGCGCCGAGCUGCGCAAGAAGCGCCUGUCCGACGUCAGCGUGGAGAGGGUGCUCAACGUGCAGGGAAAACAGUUCAGAGUUUUGUUCCUCAGCACAGUACGAACACGGCACACAUGCAAACAUAAGCAAACUCCAAUUAAAAGGAAAGAGCAGUUACUGGAGGAUUCAACAGAAGACUUGGAUUAUGGUUUUCUGUCUAAUUACAAACUUCUCAACACUGCCAUUACAAGAGCACAAUCCUUGGUAGCUGUGGUGGGAGAUCCUAUUGCUUUAUGUUCCAUUGGAAGAUGCAGGAAAUUCUGGGAAAGGUUUAUUGCCCUGUGCCACGAGAACGAAAGUCUUCAUGGCAUCACGUUUGAGCAGAUCAAAGCUCAGCUGGAAGCUCUGGAGUUAAAGAAAACCUACGUGUUGAACCCUCUGGCCCCCGAGUUCAUCCCCCGAGCUCUGCGGCAUCAGCACUCAGCCAAUCCCACCAAACAGCAGCAGUCACCUCCAAAGGGCAAGGUCCAUCAUCAUAACCAGAAUGACCAUUUCCCACCUGAUGGAAUUGGUUUGGACAUUAUUUUGCAUGCACUGUUUUCUGAGUCAUCUUCAUGUUCUUUUUGUGUAUAUAUAUAUAUGGGGAAAUCUCCAAGUCCUGUUCAAAGGAUAGAUCCACACACUGGGACAAGUAUUCUAUAUGUACCUGCUGUCUAUGGAGGAAAUAUGGUCAUGUCUGUGCCUUUGCCUGUACCAUGGACGGGGUAUCAGGGUAGGUUUGCAGUCGACCCUCGACUCAUUACUCACCAAGCAGCCAUGGCAUAUAACAUGAACCUGUUACAGGCACAUGGGCGAGGGUCUCCGAUCCCGUAUGGCCUGGGCCACCACUCCCCCGUUAGCUUAGGACAGCAGCAGCUCCCACACCAGGACAAGGAGCAGCACGAACAAACUCGCAAUGGUAAAAGUGAAAACACUGCUGGACCUGAAAUCAGUAAAAUUCGAACACCUGAGAAGAAACCUCUGGAAUCCAAGCAGGUCGAUUUAGAAGCAAACCCUCAGCAGAGAAGCCCAGAGUCCCGUUCCAGCGUUGGUUACCCCAAUGCCAAAUUCCAUCGCAAAGACAACCCCAACCCCAGGCAGCUGAACCUGCACCUGACCCCGCCCCACUCCCAGUUCGCAGUUCCCAACCGCCACUUCCAGCACCUCUCCCAGAUCCCGAGGCAGCCGUACCCUCUGCAGCAGCAGCAGCAGCAGCAAAACCUGUUAAGUCAACAGCAAAAUCACUUGCCUGAACAACCCAACCAAAUGCCACCCCAGCAGAGCCAGGUAGUUCAGCAGCAUAAUCACUUGAAUCAGCAGCCUCCACCACCUUCGCAGCUUUCCCCUGCUUUCCAGGCAGGCCCCAGCCAGUCCUUUUUUAAUAAUCCCAUUCCCCACCGACCACAUUCUCCUGCUGUAGAUGCUGUGAUUUCAGAACAACACCCCCCACCUCUGUUACAAGAAGUCAAUAAUCCUUUGAGGCCUAUUGCACAGCACAACCCUGUUCUGCCAACCCACUUGAACAACUUCAUUGAAGAGAAUCCGUCAGGAAUGCCCUUAGGGGACACUUUAGAUCGUAUGCAUGGAAAUGUAGCUUUGGAAACAAUAAGGCAGCAACAACAAGCCAGGUUACAGCAAUGGAAUGAACAUAAUGCCUAUCUCAGUCAAGGCACUAUUCCAUAUCAACACCAUCACCAUCCUCAUCUACCACAUCUUCCUCAGCAACCAAUUGGAUUACAUCAACAGCAGCAAGUUAGGGCAAACUGGAAACUUGCCAGUAAUACAGAAGAUGAAACAGAGGCAACAUAUUCAAGAUUCCAGGACUUGCUCCGGGAGCUGUCGCACCGCGAUCCAAGCGAGAGCCGGGACGUAGCCGAAAUGCCACCCCCCCAGUCCAGACUGUUGCAAUACAGACAAGUCCAGCCCCGAAGCCCACCAGCACUCCCUUCUCCUUCCUGCAACUCCAACCACAGCGCCCACUUCCCCAACUUCACUGAGAACAGCAGAGACAUUGAACUGCCCACUAACCCAGCAUUUCAGCAGCAUUUACCCCAAAUGUACAACCCCCCUUUCUCAAUGCCAUCCGAACACAUAACCCCAUCUCCCUUGAAAUACCUGCAACCUGAUGGCUCCUGGACUUACACCAACCUACAGCAGAAUCACCUCUUGGGGCAGGGCUUUCACUAUGGAAUACCUCCACUGCCCCACAGGUCGCAGCAGAGCCCUUUUAUACAAAUCCAGAAUCAUCAGCACGCAGUCGGUCAGGAGCCAUUUCAUCCACUCGCAUCUCGAGCAGUUUCUGCUUCUUCGCUCCACAGCUUAGAAGAGUAUGAACCAAGAGGACCAGGCAGGCCGUUGUACCAAAGAAGAAUUUCCUCUAGUUCAGUCCAGGCUUGUUCUGAAGAAUUAAACACUCCUCAAGACAGUCUUGGUCAGUGUAAAGAGCUUCAGGACCACAGUAACCAGUCAUCAUUCAACUAUUCCUCCCCUGAGCUGUGGGUGAACUCCUCCUCUGCCCCGUACCCAAACAUUCCAUGCAACGGAGCCAGCAGAGCCGUUACACCCCGGGAGCUGCUAGCUCCGCCGAAGGCUGCCAAGCCCCCGGAGGAACACCUGAAGGGUGAGAACAUCCAGCUCUCCAACUCCUUCAACUACAACGUGCUCCAGCAUCUGGGCCAGUUUCCCCCUCUGAUGCCCAACAAGCAGCUGGUGGAGUCCAACAGCAGCAGCCCCCAGCCCGCGGGCGGCACCAAACCCGUCAUGUCCUACGCCAGCGCUCUGCGGGCUCCCCCCAAGCCCAAACCUCCUCCUGAGCAGACAAAAAAGAACAGCGACCCCCUGUCCUUGUUUCAGGAACUUAGCCUAGGUAGUUCAUCAGGUAGCAAUGGCUUUUACUCCUAUUUUAAAUAAUCAGAUUAUUUUUUUUAGAGAGAAUUUAAUUUUUAUUUGUGUCGGUAGAUCUAAGAUAGUUGGGGCUUCACCUGUAGUUGCAAAUAUUCCCUUUGUUUAUAUUGGUAAAUAUAUCCUCACUUAAUUGCUUUGCUGCUAGACUUGCAACUAAUUUUUUUUUUUUUUUUCUUUAAUUAUAUUCCAUUAUUUUGCAUUUUUUGAUGUGGGUCGGGUUUUUGGAAGCUUUUCUGUAGGAAGACACACACGUGUUAUUUUUUAAUUUGUGUAAUGUUAAUGAUAUGUUGCAUUAAACUAGCAGCUGAGAGAUUACCUGUACAACUUGAAAAAAAAAAGGAAAAAAAAAAAGGAAAAAGAAAAAAAAGGAAAAAAAAAAGUUUGUCUAAAUUGUAUUUAAGAAGAUUGUAAGUAGCAUUUACAUUUAUUCAAUAACAUUAGCAUACUAUGCUGGGUUUCUGUACCAGAAAUGGCCAGUUAAUGUAAAAAUGUAUGUUAUUUCUGCUUAAAUUCAUUUAAUUUUUUUUUUUUUUUUUAAUAAAGGUGCAGCAUCUUCUAAAUAAUUUCAGUUUUAUCAGCUUUUUUGUGAAGGGAUGCUGCAUUCUCAGACUUUUAUAGUUUUAGAUUCUGUAUGAUGUGGUAUUGUAUUUUCCAUCCACUGUAGGGUAAAGUAAAGGCAUUCUUUGCAGACACCUAUGCCAUUGUUUGGAAACAUUCAGAUAAAAGUAUUGGUAUACUUUAAAAAAAUAAUAAAAAAAAUCGAAAAAAGUAGAAAAAAAUUAACAAAAAAACCCAAAAAAACUCUACAUUUUAUUUUUGGACAAGCUAAUAAUAUAAGCUUGUUUGAAAAGUUAAUUUGAUAGGUUUUUUAAAUGAAUCAUGAAGCUGAAAAUAAAUUUUUAGGUAUGUUGGUGCUUAGUAGAUUUAAUAACUAUUUUAAAAAAAAUGCGUGAAUUUAGUAAAAUACUUUUUUGUUUGUUUGUUUAAUUUUUUUUUCCACUAUGCAUGUGUAAAUGUUUGUAAUCUGGCUUUUUCCUCCCCUCUUCUCCAGUGGUAUAAAGAAUUGUGCCGCUUUAAUUUUUUUUUUUUUUUUUUUCCGGUAAAACUUUUGGUACAUUAUUUGAUGUUUACAUUAAAAUGUGACAUUAUACAAGGAAAUUCAGAUAUUUUGCUAACUGUUUUGUUUGAGGAACAUCAUUAAAGAAGAGAUUUAAUGUUUGUCAAAGCUGUAUCCAAAUUAAUCUAAAUCUUCUGGGGAUCAGAGUGGUUACCAGGUUAUUUAUCUCCAUGAACCUGGCCCUUAAGGAAUCCAGUCCGAAAAAUUAAUUAUGGGAUAUUUAAAAAAAAAAAAUAAAAAAAAUUAAAGAAACAAAUGUGAAUGAAAAUUCAAAGGAUAAAAAUUUUGUGGCUAAACAUUUCUGGUCUUGCACACUGUCCCUGCUUUGUGACUGGGGAGCUCCAGAGGGAGGUUGUAGAGUUUCUCCUUUAUUUCUCCUUAAUCCUCCUUUUACACUUGAAAAAACUUUAAAUCUGAGAACUGGUUUACAGGGGUGAGCUGGGUGUAGUUCAGAAUUCCUCCACUUAUUACCUGCAAGAAUUGAAAUUAUAGAGCUGUGAGAGGGCGAUCUCAGAUUUUUACAGCUGUCCAUGGGACGCAUUACUGGGGAGCAGUGGCUGCUGCUCUGUUCAAUCAGAUUUUUGCUCUAUUUACAAUCAAUCAGGUUCAUUUUUUUUUGCAUUUGACUUCAUGUAUUAAGGCAAGGGUCAUUAUGUAAUUGGGUUGAUUUAAACUCAGUACACUGCAGAGGUUUGCAUAUGAAUUUUUUAUUAUAAAUCUUUGCUGGUUUAUGAGUCAGAAACUUAUCUGAAAAACUUUUUCCUUAUUUUUUGCUGUAAAGCAAAGCUCAUGUAACUCCUUAAUUUAUUUCCUAAUGUUAUACCAAACAAACAAUGCUGGGGAGGAGACAGCCCCUGCCAAGUUCUGCUCAGCACUUCAGCACAGGGCAUGGAACCCAGACGACCCCAAAAACGAGGAGAGGCCAAAUUCUGCAACCUUGAAUCAAGCAAAGCUGCUGUUAAAUGGGUUUUUGCCAAGAUGCUGGCUGCAGGAAUCAGUCCCUGGGAAAUUCACUGGCAGAGCUGAGGUGGGCACCCAGUGGAGGGAGGAGCAGGACUGGCAGAGCAGAGCUGGGGAUCCAAAGCACUUCACAUCCCCAAGUCAGCAUUUUGUAAUUUCAGGGGUUUCAAAGUCACUCAGUUCUAUGGAGCAGCCUUUUGAUUCUGUUCACCAUUUAAUAUUGAAUAUUAAACUAAUAAACAUCACUUGUUAAUUUA